AUGAAGGUGACGGUGACGACACUCAGCGACGAUAGCGUCUUCGUCCUUGACGUGAGCGAGGAGCUGGAGCUGGAGAACUUUAAAGCGUUCUGCGAGAUUGAGAGCGGCGUGCCGGCCCAUGAGAUUGUUAUCGCGUUCAACGGCUUGCCACUUAUGGACGACAAGAAGUCGUUGCGUGAUCUUGGAAUCCGUGACGGCGACGCUGUCAUCCUCCAGCACAUGCAUCAAAGUGGCAGCGACAUGAACCUACAGCCCUUCAACAGAGCCAUUCCAUUACUGGACUUCAGUUCCAUCAGAGUUCCUGGGACCAGCAAUAAUCAGCGUCCAUCGCCGAUCGCAAACAACAGAGUACAAAAUCCCCGCAGCGAGGACGAUCCAGCUAUGAUAAAAAACAUGUUCCUGGCUAAUCCAGAUCAGCUGGCAUUGUUAAAACAAAAUAAUCCCAGAUUAGCCGAUGCACUACUGUCGGGAAAUCUUGAUAGAUUUUCAACUGUACUCAAAGAGCAGAUAGCCGCUCGAGAAGAACGACAAGCACAACGGUUAAGAAUGAUGAAUGCCGAUCCCUUUGACACCGAAGCACAGCGGCUAAUUGCAGAAGAGAUUAGACAGAAAAAUAUCGAAGCAAAUAUGGAGGCUGCAAUGGAAUACAAUCCAGAGACCUUUGGCACCGUUGUUAUGUUGUAUAUCAAUUGUAAAGUCAACGGAUUUCCGGUUAAAGCCUUUAUUGAUUCAGGUGCACAAACCACUAUUAUGUCUGCUGCCUGUGCCGAGAGAUGCCAUAUUAUGCGUUUGGUGGACACAAGGUGGGCCGGAGUCGCCAAGGGUGUUGGAGUACAACGCAUAAUCGGUCGUAUACACAUGGUACAAAUACAGAUCGGCAAUGACCAUCUGACAACAUCCUUCAGUGUUCUUGAGGAACAGCCUAUGGACAUGUUGUUGGGCUUGGAUAUGCUUAAAAGACAUCAAUGUUGCAUAGACUUGAAGAAAAAUGUCUUAAAGAUCGGAACUACGGGCACUGAAACUUCAUUUCUGGCAGAAGGUGAUUUACCAGAAUGUGCAAAAUUAAGUGGAAACAGUGAUGAAUCCUUAGAUGACAGAGAUCUCCAGCGAGCUCUCGAGGAUAGUACGAGGGAUGCUAAGAAACAGAGGCAGCAUGACGGGCAAGGCAGCAGUAAUCAAGGGUCAUCAAGGCCUGCCGCUUUAGAGACUACAAUUUAUCCGCAUGAUCCGUUCACGGAAGCCACAGUCAAGGAACUGGAGGCUCUGGGUUUUACUAGGACGCAAGUCAUUGCGGAAUUGCGUAGAUUUAACGGGGAUAAAACGCAGGCUACUGCUGCACUGUUUGCGAAAUCAUUAAAGUUUUAAAUGUUAAAAAUUGUUGCGUGCGAUUUAAGUGUUAUCGUGCGAGUUAUUGUAAACGAAGGGACAGGCAUAGAGCGAAAUUGUGAAUAUAUGCUAGGCAAUAAAAAUGGAAAGGACAAACAAUGUUCAAAGCAAUUUUUAAAUGUCGUCUAAGCGUCAUCUAAUCGCUGUUUGAUACUUACUUUUAAUUGAGUUGAUUCUCCGUUUUGUGAAAUCGUUGGAAUCAAAUGUUAUCUUUAAUAUAGAACUUCUCAAUCUCCGCUUUUGUUCUAAUAUACAUUUAUUCCAAUAUUAGAAUGAAUGUUAUGCAUACAUAUGGUGUUUGUUAUUCGUUUUCUAAUAUGUACAGUCACAUAAAUGAAAAAGCGGCCCCAGAAAAGAAUAUCAUAUUUUUGAAGUUUCAGCUGAUUCACAAAACGAAGAAGACCACAAUUCUUUCAAUAAAUGAAAAUUUGAUACAUUGAUCAAUAGUUACGAUGUAAAAAAAAUUUUAUAGCUCAGAAACAAAUUGAAGAACAUUGAAAAACGUUGGAGAAUAUGCGCAUCAGAUUGAAUCUUAUAAAAAUGCAUAAAUAAUACAGAAGUUCCAGUUAAAUUGAUAAGAAGUUAUGUUUGAAGUAUACACCUUUAUAUAUUUUCUUACACAUACA